AAUACGUUCUUUUUCUUCAAUUCACUGUUCCCUACAAAAAACAAUGGCGAUGUCUAAUUUGCGCCGUCUACUCUCCACGCCACCGCCGGACCUUUCCCGUCCCGCUGCGAUUUUCUCCACCGUUCGAUCGGAACUAUGUAACUCUGCAAAUCGGUUCUUUUCCAGUUCUCCUGAAAAGCUUCAAAGUCACCAAGACUUGCCCAACAAUCAGCACGAAGCUGUUAACGAACAAGAUCAGAUCCAGAAACUUCAAGAUCACGGAGAGGAAAACGAUGAAGACGACGGUGACGAACCUGACAUGAACAAAGAGACCGGCGAGAUCGGUGGACCCCGAGGUCCCGAGCCUACUCGUUACGGUGAUUGGGAACGUAAUGGUCGUUGCUCUGAUUUCUAAGUCACCCAAUUUCAUCUUCUAAACAGGUUAGGGUUCAUUCGGUUGAUUUCAGAUCUUGUUAUAUAUAUAUGUGAUUUAAUGUUUUCAUAGUUGUCUUAAUUGUAACCGGAAAGAUCGAUAUUCAGUAAUAAAGCAAUGGCGAUCUAGGGUUUCAUCAUUGGAAUCAAAGUUGUCAGUUGUUUUUAGCUUAAGGGACUGUUUCAAUUUCGUGUUUCCAAAGUGUAUUUGCAAUCUUCAUACAAAGUGAUGGUGAAUUUCAUGAAAAGAUGAUUGAUUAUUACUGUUUCAAAUCAAUCUAAACGAAAGAAUCAAUUCUUUUAGUUCAA